GACCCAUGAGUCGCUGCCUAGCAAGUAGCCAUCCGCCACUCCAUAUAGACUCAAUCAUUUUGGUCCAGCCAGCCAAGCUCAUUUCGACACACCACGAGGCACGCACUAGAGCAUACACAUCAUACAUCGUCGGAUCGGACAUCGAUGGAAGAAGUCAAGCCGGAGUUCACAAAGGAUGGCUCCGUCGACCUCCGCGGCCGGCCGGUCGUCGCCGCCCGGACCGGCCGCUGGAAGGCCUGCUCCUUCCUAGUAGGGUACGAGGCGUUCGAGCGGAUGGCGUUCUACGGGGUGGCGUCGAACCUGGUGGUGUACCUGACGACGCAGAUGCGGCAGGAGACGGUGCCGUCGGUGCGCAGCGUCAACAACUGGACGGGCACGGUGUGGAUGACGCCCAUCGCCGGAGCCUACGUCGCCGACGCCUUCCUCGGCCGCUUCUGGACCUUCACCGUCUCCUCCCUCAUCUACCUCUCGGGAAUGGUUCUGAUAACCCUGGCCGUCUCCCUGAAGCCGUUGCACCCGCAGUGCACGGCGGACGGUGACUGCGCCCCGGCGACGCGGCAGCAGGUCGCCUUCCUGUACGCGGCGCUCUACACCAUGGCCAUCGGCGCGGGCGGGACCAAGCCCAACAUCUCGACGUUCGGCGCGGACCAGUUCGACGACUUGGACGCCCGGGAGCGCGAGAUCAAGGCCUCGUUCUUCAACUGGUGGCUCUUCAGCUCCUUCGCCGGCGGCCUCGUCGCCGUGCUCGUCCUCGUCUACGUGCAGGAGGAGGUCGGCUGGGGCGUCGGGUACACGAUCCCGACGGUCGGCCUCGCCCUGUCUCUCGCGCUGUUCUACGUGGGCACGCCGUUCUACCGGCACAAGCCAGUCACGCGGAGCACGGCGGCCGGCCCGGCGAGGCUGAUCGGCAAGGUGCUCAGGGCGGCGUACGCGAACCGGCGAUGCCAGCUCACCGGCGAGCUGCAUGAGCAUGACAAGGCGUGGUACGCCGAGGCCGGGAAGCGGCUCCUGCUCCACACGCCGGCCAACUUCAGGUUCUUGGACAAGGCGGCGAUGCGUGAGCGCGAGACGUGCACGGUGACCGAGGUCGAGGAGGUGAAGCUGAUCGCCGGCAUGAUCGUGGUAUGGCUGGUGACGCUGGUGCCCUGCACCAUCUGGGCGCAGGUGAACACCCUGUUCGUGAAGCAAGGGACGACGCUGGACCGGUCCAUGGGCGGCGUCCGCAUCCCGGCCGCCUCCCUCGGCAGCUUCAUCACCAUCUCCAUGCUGGUCUCGAUCCCGAUCUACGACCGCGUGCUGGUGCCGCUGGUCCGCCGGCGCACGGGCAACCCGCGCGGCAUCACCCUCCUGCAGCGCCUCGGCAUCGGGUGCGCGCUGCAGGUGCUGGUCGUGGCCUGCGCCUGCCUGGUGGAGGUCCGGCGCAUGCGGGUGAUCCGGCAGCGCGGCUCCGCCCACAGCCCCCACGACACGGUGCCGAUGAGCGUCUUCUGGAUGCUGCCGCAGUACGUGCUGCUGGGCGUCGGCGACGUGUUCAACUCCGUGGGCAUCCUCGAGUUCUUCUACGACCAGUCGCCGGAGGGGAUGCGGAGCCUGGGCACCACCUUCUUCACCAGCGGGCUCGGCGUCGGGAACUUCCUCAACAGCCUGCUCGUGACGCUCGUCGACCGGGCCACCAGGGGCAAGGGGGGCCGCGGCAAGAGCUGGAUCGGCGACAACCUGAAUGACUCGCACCUCGACUACUACUACGUGUUCCUGCUGCUCCUCACCAUGGCCAACAUGGCGCUCUUCGUGUGGGUGGCCAUGAGGUACAAGUACAAGAGAGAGUUCUUGGAGGACUGCGGCGCAAUGGAGAAAGAGACCGAGACCGAGAUCGAGACCGAGAUGGUGGCCGACGGCAAGGUAAAAGGCGGGCCUGCCUGACAACGCAACAAGGGACAGAGCAUAUAUACUGGAGUAGCAGUAUAUUCUGUACAGAGUAGAUGCGCAAAACUGAAGCACGUCCAGCCACCAGAAAGCAAGCCAAACGGAAUUUCCGAACCAAAGAAUACAAAAUUACUACUUUCCUCCGUCCGGAAAUAUUUGUCGUAGGAAUGGAUGCAUCUAAAUAUAUUUUAGUUCUAGAUACAUUUUUUUUUAUCAAUUUGUCCGACAAAUAAUUCGGGAUGGAGGGUAAAAAAAUCACACGCGAACCAAAA